UUCCAGGUGACGCGAUAUCCCCUCAGGCUGUAACACGCCGACUCCUGCGUUUCCCGCCGCCGGGCAAGGAGCUGGGAGCAUCCUCUCGGGAUGGGGGGCCGGCGGUCUCCGUUAGAAGCGGGCGUACCGUGCCAGGCAGAGUUAUGGGGUGACCUCGGGGUGUUCGAAGAAGAUGAGGAGCUGGAGGGUUUCAGGAGGGAGGCGGAAGUUCUGCGUGAGAAGCUGAGGGAGGCUCUCAGUCAUACAUCUGGUAACAUAAGGCAGUCCAGUUCUUUGACCGACCUCACCUCAGACAGUGCCUGGGAUCAGCAAAAGCCUCACUUGUUUCCUAAGUCCCACUUGAGGCCAAAAAGCGCUUCAUCUCCCUGGAUUCCUUCUAUCACCAUCCCUCAGCCUUUCAAAAUGACACUACGGGAAGCUCGCAAAAAGUCUGAGUUGAUGAAGUCAUACAUGUUUCUUGAACUAGACAAACCAAGAGACAAAAGGCAAAGCCAGGAUGAAGCUGAAUGUCAGAAACAAUUCCGGGCACAGCCUGUACCUGCACAUGUGUUUCUGCCCCUUUAUCAGGAAAUAAUGGAGCAGAAUGAGAUUCGCAGGCAAGCAGCAACACAGAAAAGAAAGGAGCUGCUACUCUCAACACAGCGGCCCUUCAGUUUUCUGGAGAAGGAAGAGAAAAAGAAAGAAGCUAUCAGACAAAAAUUCCUGUCAGCAGCAGCCCCAAAUGAGAGCUCCAAACAGAAGCAAGCCAGUAAAAAAGUUCCUAAAUCUACUUAUGACUCACUUCUUGGAGAUAAACUCAAAGAAGCUGAACUCUACAGGGAAAUCCGUAUUCAAAUGAGAGCAAAGGAUUUGCUCAAGAGCUCUGUAGCUCCUAUAGAUACCGGCAACUGUCGGAGGGAACCUCAGUCCCGAACUGCUACCAGAACUAAGCAGGAAAGACUUGGCUUCUUACAGGACAAAAGUUUCAGCUUCAAACCAAGGGUUAAUCCAACAGUACCAGAUUUUGAAGAACUUUACUGGGCAUUUCAGAGGAAAACAGUAAGGAGACAAGAACUCAAAGAGCCAACUCGUAAUAAGCCAUUCAAGCUAAGAACCUCCAAUCUCCAUGCCAGGCAGAGGCAGGCUAAUGAAAAGAUUAAGGAUUCUCAGAAGCUUUCAGUGCAAAAAAGUCACUCUCUGCCUGGACUUUCCUCUCUCUCUUCCAACACCCUUCCUGUGCAUAUUACAGAUGCAACUAGAAAGAGGGAAUCAGCUAUUAGAUAUGCCCAAGAUAACAAAAAGGAAGGGGACAAAGAAGGAAUUUAUUGGCUGGAGAAACACAAAAUGAAGUGUCAAGCUAUGCAAAAGUCUGUGAACAGCCGAGCAAAAGCCCUUGAUCCUCAUAAAAGUCUGGAGGAAACACAAAAGGAGAAGUCAAAACAGAACAGGCAAAAUAUACAAGACAGAACAAAAGAAUACAGAAAGGAGCUGGAAGAAAUGCAGCUGCGAGUCAAGAACAGACCAUUCCUCUUCGAACAGGUCACCAAGCAAGAUGCUCGUCAAGGAGCAGAGCGUCGCUACAGACGCACCCUCCAGCAGGUUGGCCUAAGCGAAGAAUUUGUAAGGAAAAAAGGGAAAGAUGCCACUGACUUGCUGGAAGAAGAAUCUGAUGUUCACAGGCUGCCUGAGCCUCGGGGUGAAAAGGAUGACUGUACUGAACAGGAAGGAGUAUCUCAGGAGGAACAGAGCACAACGGGAGUGGCAACAUAAAAGCUCACAGAAGAAUCCAUCAAUCAGCUCUUAAUUUUUUUUGUUCAAGAUUCUCCAGGUUAAUCCUCAGGAAUUUAAUAGUCUAAGCUAACACCUAAGAAUUGCAGUAGGGUGAGAUGGGAGAAUUUAGUAAAGGAAGAAAACAACUGUUGUUUAGAGUAUGUAUUGUUCAGCCCAGCAAACCCUGCAGCCUCCCUUAGUCUUCAAAAGUGUCCCUUGUGUGAGCUCUUUCACUUUAAUGGGCAACAAAACAAGUUAGAGGUUGAAGCACUAUCUUUGGAUAAAAGUAGAUAUGAAAGAUUGAAGAGGUGCAUUCUCUAGUGUCAGCUCCUUGCAUUCAUGCCUCAGAAGCACACAGGAAAGGGAGAAUGCCUUUCACUGUGCUAAAAAUUGUUUUAGACACAUAUGUGGUAGAAUGUUUUAAAACAAGGUAUUUCUACAAAAACAAGUAUGAGGAUUUGACCCACCUUGGGUGAAGACUCAGAGAAGUCUUUGGUGUUAAUUCUUCAUUCACCCACUACCUGCUCUGCUUCUUCCCCCCAUUACUAAGAAGCAAUAGUCUUGCUAUAUAAAAAAAAUCUCCCAUGUUUCAUGAUUUGAAAGUGUUUCAACAUAUUACCAAUUUAGGUCAUUAAUUUGGCCCAAAAAACAACCAAAAUGAAACAGUGCAUCACUUUGAAUUAUUGUUUUUCUAAUUGUAUGAUUACUGUGAUAUCAAAGAUGGAUUUUGGAGGAAAAAAGAUGAGGUAUUGCCUGCCAGCACGCUGCACUCAAAUGCCUACUGCAUCUUGAAUGGUGUAUUUCACACUUUUAGUGAUUUCCCUUUACUCAGCACUAAAAACCAUUUCAAAAAUAAAAAUCCUUGCCACCUGGAAUGUUUUCUGAAAAUUUUGCACUUUGACAUUAAAAUAUUU